AUGUCUAACCAACAACGCCCAAGCCAAAAAUCCAAUCCCCAGGGUCAUCGUCGCCACCGACCGCCUCCCCACGACUCGACAGGAACACAGCCGCAAACGUCACAAACCCAGCCUGUACAGACCUCACAACAACAACCCUCUUCUUCCCAUCUUCCACAGCCAAACCCAACCCUGACAACCCGCCACUCCCACCUCUCCCCAAUCUUCGCCCGCAAACUCCAACAACUCGCCCUCCCCCUCGCCCCCUUAGUCCAACUAACCUCCGGCACCGUCCACCCCGAGUUUCCCCAGACUCUCCUGAACUUCUGGCUUUUAACCGACGACCAGCUCGACCGCCUCGCGAGCUUCUACCACCAGCGCACGCCAUGUCAGUGGACGGCGCACUACCCUUGCCCGGUGUCGUGGCCCGCGGGCAUGGGGGUCGAGGAGAAGAGGAGGCGGAUUGGACGGUUCAUUGGGUUGAGGGGGUGCGAGAGUCCGUUGCCUUCGGCGGCUUCGUUGAGUAUCAUGGGAUUGGAUUUGAACAUCGGCGAGAUGGGUAGGGGGCUGAAAGAGAGGGAGAGUGGUCACGUUGACGUUGACGAUGAUGAGGAUGAGGAUGAGGAUGAUGAGGAUGCUAUGGAGAUUGACACGGAUUUGGAUACGGGUGGGCAGUGGGAACGGCAAGGAAAAGGACAACAAAAAGAUCAGCAAGAGGCGCUCUCGAAGGUCAUGAGCUCGCCUACUAUGGCCAUGGGAAACGAAGGACCGGGUAUAUCGGCAUACAUUUCGGAGUUGUUGAGGUCGACAACAGGGACGACGGACGAGGAUAUUGCGGAAACGGAGAGGAGGAUCAGAAGAGCGGAGGAUGAGUUGGAUGAGAUCAGGAGGAAGAUGGGCUGGUAUUUUUAG